CACACACAGAAAAUAUAGACAUGUUACACUCACAAUGUCAAAAGAGUUAGUUGGCCACAUUUGUCCUGCGACUGUCCGCGUUGCUGUUCCAGCGGUUCUCUAAUCCUGUAUGUAAAUGACAGCCAAUAGAUGCUGUUGUUGAGUUGGGCUGGGAUUAGCGGAGGCGAAUGACUUUCAAUUUUACUGGAUUACAGAACAAAGAAAGGGGAAAGGGGACACACUCCUCUGUUAAAGAAAACAGAGAGAAAACCGGGCAAACUCAUCAAAUAAAUCACACCGAAUGCUUUUCGACAGACUACAGACCUUUCGAGAUUAUGACAUUUAGCAAAGUCGCUGUCGCCUUUCUUUAGAUGGGAAUUCGGCUCUCACUGUUGGAUUAAACGGAGAAUAAACCUAUUCCGGGAUUGACAGCAUAAGAAGAAUGGCUCAGAUACGGAAGUUGGGCUGUGAUGGGAUGAGAACAAACUCUCGACCAGAGCUCAAAGUUCCCCAAGUCUCAGCCAGACAAGAGAUCCUCACCAGCCUUGUGUCUGCUCUGGACUCGGUGUGCUCCGCCAUGUCUAAGCUGAAUGCUGAGGUGGCCUGUGUCACUGUGCAUGAGGACAGCGUGAUCGCAGUGGGAACAGAGAAGGGAAGAAUCUUCCUGAACUCCAGAAAGGAAAUACAGACUGACUUUCACAAGUUUUGCAAAGUGUCCUGUCUACAAGCGCUAAACUCCAUGAACUCCCACAGCAAAGUUCCUGAAGUAGACUGCAGCAGGACUGGCAAAGACAGCAGCGGGCAGCAGGGCAGACAGAGAGCCUUAACAGACACUCAUUCCAACAUCUUCGUCCUGAGGAAGAUGGUGGAGGAGGUGUUCAGCGUGCUUUACAGUGAGGCUGUUGGGAAGAGCAGCCUGGUCCCUGUGCCUUAUGACUGGAUUCUCAAGGAUCCAAGUUCAGUAGUGGUGUACGGCCUGCCUGACGGUGUGACUUUGAGAAAGCCUUCGGAAUACGACACCAAGACCUUAAUGAAGAUCUUAGAGCAGAGCAACCGCAUCCGAUUCAUAGUCAAAAGAACGCCGGAGGAACCCUCACGGGAAGCCAAAUCCUGUCCGGAAGUCAACCAUCACUCUUCGACCUCAAAGAGCGCUAGCAACCACACCUCAGUCAAACCCUCAGUGCAGGAAGUAUCCGCCAGCAACUCCAUGCUCUCCAGCUUCCUGUACGGGAUGCCCAUGUCCUCCCAGCCUCACUCGGACAGCAAGCUGGACCUCAAGCCAACGUCACUGCACAGCAUCGGCAAAGAGCGGCCGGGCAUGUGGACGCCCGCCGAGGAAAAAGCCGUUCAGGCCAAGGAAUGUGCUGACAAUGGCGAGCGAAUAGGGCUGGCAGCAGAUCUUACCCAGAGCCCUCCCAGCAUCCAUGUCUCCAAGCGCCUUCUGUUCUCCAUAGUGCAUGAAAAAUCAGAAAAAUGGGAUUCGUUCAUCAGGGAGACGGAGGAUAUCAAUACCCUUCGAGAAUGUGUUCAGAUCCUGUUCAACAGCAGAUAUGCCGAGGCAUUAGGCCUGGAUCACAUGGUUCCUGUGCCAUACCGUAAGAUCGCUUGUGAUCCUGAGGCCGUGGAGAUCAUUGGGAUUCCCGACAAGAUUCCCUUCAAGAGGCCAUGCACUUACGGUGUGCCUAAACUCAAGCGCAUCCUGGAGGAAAGGCACGCCGUCCGCUUCGUUGUCAGAAGAAUGUUUGAUGAACGGAUUUUUACUGCUGCUGGUAAAGUCGCAAAGGAGGAGGGCAAACAGGAUGGACCUGCCUCUGAGGAUGGUUUUCCAGAAGGCCUCAGGAUCCCAAGCUCUUCUUUAGAGCUGGUCAGCAACACUCACAGCAGCAGAUCAACCAGCUCCUGUGUCAGUCCUUUGGCCGAGUGUGAAGCAGGGCCAUCUGGGGACUGCCUGCCUUUGAAAAAGAUCAAAACAGAACCCCCAGAUGGUGAAAUUAUCCAGGUGACGGUGCCAGAAUCCAGUGCUUCAACAGAGGAAUCCAGUGAGCCUCAGGCUGAGCGAGUGACCCCUGACCUCUGUCGUCCCAAGGAGCCUGUCGCAGAAGAUUUAACACCGAAAUCUACACCGCAAGGGCUCAAGAGAGCUGUUGAAGAAGACAUCGGAGAGAUGAUCCUUCAGCUGCGAAAGCAAGUCGAGAGCCUGUUCAGCUGCAAGUACAGUGAGGCUCUUGGUCUGCCUGAACCAGCUAAGGUGCCGUACUCCAAGUUUCAGAUGUAUCCAGAUGACCUGUACGUCACGGGGCUGCCUGAAGGCAUGACUUUUCGAAGGCCAAACUGUUUUGGAGCAGCUAAACUCAGAAAAAUUCUUUCUGCCAGCAGUCAGAUUACUUUUGUUAUAACGAGGCCAGAAUUGUUGACGGAACCGGUCAAAAGUGAAAGUGUCUCUAAGACGACCUCUGAAUCAGCAGAGACUGACUCCAAAGACCAAUCAGAUGACCCAGGGCCUGCCUCCAAAAGACCUGGAUUCUCAGACAGUUUAGAGGCCAAGCUCUCCCGUAUCGACUUGGCGAACACACUACGAGAGCAAGUCCAAGACCUGUUCAACAGGAAAUACGGCGAGGCACUGGGCAUUAAGUAUCCUGUGCAAGUGCCUUACAAGAGGAUCAAGAGUAACCCUGGCUCGGUGAUUAUCGAGGGCCUGCCCCCUGGCAUCCCUUUCCGAAAACCCUGUACCUUCGGCUCACAGAAUCUAGAGAGGAUAUUAGCGGUGGCAGACAAGAUCUCUUUCAGCAUCACAAGGCCUUUUCAAGGGCUUAUUCCCAAGCCAGCACCGCGAAGGAUAACCAUAUUGAAGAAAGGUUACACCCCAAUAAGUGAAGAAGACGAGGUCAAUCGAAUGGGAGAGAAAGUGAUAUUAAGAGAACAAGUUAAAGAGCUCUUCAAUAAGAAAUACGGUGAGGCUUUGGGUCUGGAUCGCUCAGUCAUUGUUCCAUAUAAAUUAAUUCGAGCCAAUCCAGGCUCACUGGAAGUGUGUGGACUUCCAGAUGAUAUUCCCUUCAGGAAUCCUAAUACUUAUGACAUCGUUCGGUUGGAAAAAGUCCUGCAGGCCCAAGAUGAAAUUACUUUCAAUAUCAAAACCCCCCUACAGCCUUUUACAGAGUUGUGUACUCAGUCUUGUAAUAAAGAAGGUAAAGAAGUGUCAACGAAUCGACGCAAGCGCAAACGUGUACUUGAGUCCAGUCAGACAUCCAUGCCCACUGCAGGAGACUCAGCGCUGUCAACCAAUCAGAUACCUGUCAUGCAAUGGCCCAUGUACAUGGUGGACUAUAGCGGCGUGAAUGUUCAAGUUCCUGGCAAAGUCAAAUACUAAUAAACUUUACUGAAGACUUCUACCAUUAAGGGACCUUUUU